AUGAGUUGGACUACCUGUGGUUCACCAGAAAAGUUGCCAGAGGCAGAUGGUGGUGGCUGGGCAGCCAAGGACUGGAAUAGUAGAGACCCUGAUGAUAGUCUGAAACGAAAAACUUUUGAACUGUUAUACAAAAUGACCAAGUCCUCCAAUGUGGAAGUGAUUGUUGAUAGAAUGAUUGAUUACAUGAUUAGCAUAAGUGAUGACCAUUACAAAACCUAUAUAGCAUCUCGAUGUGUGGAACUUGCUGAACAAUUUGCACCAAGUAAUCAUUGGUUCAUACAGACCAUGAAUAAAGUUUUUGAGCAUGCUGGAGAUCUUGUUAAUAUUAAAGUGGCACAUAAUUUAAUGCGGUUGAUUGCUGAAGGAUUUGGGGAGGAUAAUGAUGCUGCAGACAGUCAGUUGAGAUCAUCUGCUGUCGAGUCAUAUUUGCGCAUUAUUGGAGAGCCCAAGCUUCCUUCUGUGUUUCUUCAAGUCAUCUGUUGGGUUCUGGGGGAAUAUGGAACAGCGGAUGGAAAGUAUUCUGCUUCUUAUAUCAGUGGAAAGUUAUGUGACAUUGCAGAGGCAUAUUCUAAUGAUGAAGAUGUUAAGGCUUAUGCAAUUUCAGCAUUGAUGAAAAUUUAUGCGUUUGAAGUAGCAGCUAAGAGGAAAGUGGAUAUACUACCCGAGUGUCAAUCUUUGAUUGAAGAAUUAUUGGCGUCCCAUUCUACAGAUUUGCAGCAACGUGCUUAUGAAUUGCAAGCCCUUAUAGGUUUGGGAGCACAAGCUGUUGAAUCAAUAAUGCCAAGAGAUGCAAGUUGUGAAGAUAUUGAGGUUAUUGCUAAUAUAGAAUUUUAUCAGUGUUGA